AUGGAAACAAUCAGCUAAAAUCUUGAAGGAUUCUAAGAAGCUAAAUAUAAGCUUGCAUUGCAUCUUCAAAACAGGAAAAAAAUCAAAGAGAUGUACAAAAUGAAAGGUGUCUAAAUGCUCGAUAAACCUGAGUUAGUCAUUUCUGAUAUUUAAGAACCUAAGUUAAAGCUUUAAUAAGCUUCAAUUUAUAAGACUAUGAAAAACGAAUUAACUAAUAAAGGCUACUCUGAUUUUAGAUUUUUAGGAUAAGGAGCAUAGGGAUUAGUUUUGUUAGCAAAGAAUUCGAAAACUAAAAUGAGGUAUGCUAUCAAAGGUGUUUAAGUUAGAGAUCCUGAAGGAAAUAUUGACGAAGAUAAUAGCAAUACAGUGAGACAAGAAAUAGAAAUACUUAAAAAAUGUGGAGACUCUCCUUACGUAGUCAGUCUUUUAGAUUAAUUUGAAGGAAAACAAUUCAGUUACUUAGUUCUAACUGAGUGUUAAGGAACUCUCACCUAAAUUUUAGAAAGGAACUAAAACAAAAGACUGAAUGAAAUAUCAGCAAUCAAAUAUGCUAAUGACAUUGCUCAAGGUCUCUACUACAUUCACUCUAAGAACUGCCUUGUUAAUGAUCUGAAAAUGGAUAAUAUCUUAAUUGAUUACCAUGGAAAUGCAGUUGUUUCUGAUUUUGGUAUGGCAGAUAACCUAACAUAUAAAUCUGGCUAUGCAAUCAAUCAAUAUAUGGGAAACUUCUUGUAUCAAGCUCCAGAGUGUUAUGAUCCAGCUGAUUCAGAUAUAGGUAAGGUUUAUCAUGAUGAAUAUUUAAAAUUAGGUGUCAAUGUGAGACUAUAGCCAAGCAACAGAGGAAUAAAUAUUAGUUUAGCAUUAAAUAAGCACAAGCAAUUAAAUUAUGAUGGUGAAUUUACAAAUUUUGUUUAUCACAAAUAGCUUAAAUAUAUUAUUGAAGGAUUAACUAAUUUUGUUCCAAAGAAUAGAAUGCCUAUUAAAGAGGCUUUAAUUAUUUUAAAGGGAAUUAUUUCUUUUGAAUUUUAGUUAGAUGACAUGCUUAUUGAGAUGAUAGAUGGAAACACUCAACAGUUCACAAGUUCACUCAAAAAUGAAAUUGAGUUUGUUAAAGAAUUUUCAAACAAGUUUUAUCCAAUCAUUAAAAAUGAACAGACCUUAAACUAAGAGUUGAAAGAAGAUCAUCAAAAAAGAUAAUAUGAGGCAAAAAUAGAAGAAUUAUAGAAAAUAAAUCUUUAACUAGAAUAAAAAAUUAGUGAAUAAGAAAAAACAAUUAAAGCUUUAUUAACCUAAUUAGAAUAAUCUUAAAAUUAGUUAAUGAAUCAACCUUAGAUUAAGAUGAUGCCAACGAUGAUGAACACGAAUUAGUAACAUAUUAUUUUUUAAGAAAUUAAUAAAUAGGAAAAGAAAAGAAAGAUGAAUUCCCAAGAAAAAAACUAACUUUGA